AUGCGUUCCAUCAUCAUAUCCUCGGCUCUCCUGAUCAUCCUGGCUCAGUGUGGAUAUACAGAAGAGAGCUUUCCAACGACUCCAUCCUACCCAUUUUCAAAAACCUAUCCAUCUACUUUCACUUAUUCUGAAGUCCCUAUAUCUCUGCCAGCUUCUGGUGUUUCCGGGUACUACACAGAAGAUCACUUUGAAACUUCAACUGUGUCUUCGUGGUUCCGCAAACGUGCCAAGGCUCGUGCCGCUCAAAACCGCAAAUUCCAUCGUCGUGCUCUUCAACCAGUUCGAAGGUUCCGCAUGAAGAAGCACUGA